GCGGUCCGUGGGGAGCCGCCGGAAAGGACUGGGCCGGUGCUGUGCUUCCCGGGGACAGCCCUUGGCACCGGCAGCCGCCGCAGCUCGGCGUGCCCGUCCCGCAGGUCUGAACGCGGCCGCAGGAACACUGACAGUAAGAAGAGCACAGCUGAUCGCAGAGCACUGGAUGGAGAUCUAUUUACUGCUGUUAAUUGUAGGGCUUUGUUGGGGGCAGUACAACCCCAACACUCUCCCUAAGAAAACCUCUAUUGUGCAUCUCUUCGAAUGGCGCUGGCAGGAUAUUGCUCAGGAGUGUGAACGCUACUUAGCUCCUAAUGGAUUUGGAGGAGUUCAGAUUUCACCUCCAAAUGAAAAUGUUAUCAUUACUGACCCCCAGCAACCAUGGUGGGAAAGAUACCAGCCUGUCAGCUACAAGCUGUGCACAAGAUCUGGAAAUGAAACUGAAUUUAGAGACAUGGUAACCCGGUGCAAUAAUGUUGGAGUGCACAUUUAUGUGGAUGCAGUGAUCAACCAUAUGUGUGGAGCUAAUGCUGGGGCUGGUGACCAUGCUACUUGUGGAAGCUAUUUCAAUUCAAAGACUGAAGAUUUCCCAGCUGUGCCCUAUUCUAGCUGGGACUUUAAUGAUCAUAAAUGCAAAUCUAGAAGUGGAAACAUUGAGAAUUAUCAUGAUAUAUCUCAGGUGAGGGACUGCCGCCUGGUCAGCCUGCCGGACCUGGCGCUGGAGAAGGACCACGUGCGCUCCAGGAUUGCCGGGUACCUGAACCAGCUCGUCGCCAUCGGCGUCGCGGGGUUCCGGAUCGACGCUGCCAAGCACAUGUGGCCUGCAGACAUCAAGGCCAUUUUAGACAAGCUGGAAGACCUAAACACUCAGUGGUUUCCUGCAGGAACUAAACCUUUCAUUUACCAAGAGGUAAUUGACUUGGGUACUGAGCCCAUCACAGGCAGCCAGUACUUUGGAAAUGGCCGAGUGACAGAAUUCAAGUACGGUGCCAAACUGGGGACAGUGCUCCGCAAGUGGAACGGAGAAAAGAUGGCCUACUUAAAGAACUGGGGAGAAGGCUGGGGCUUUGUGCCUUCUGACAGAGCCCUGGUCUUUGUGGAUAAUCACGACAACCAGAGAGGACAUGGGGCCGGUGGAGCUUCUAUUCUGACCUUCUGGGAUGCCAGGCUCUAUAAGAUGGCGGUUGGUUUCAUGCUUGCCCAUCCCUAUGGGUUCACACGUGUGAUGUCAAGUUUUCGCUGGCCGAGACAUUUUGAAAAUGGAAAGGAUGUCAAUGACUGGUAUGGACCCCCAAGUAACUCAGAUGGCUCCACAAAAGCUGUCACAAUCAACCCUGACACGACCUGUGGUAACGACUGGGUUUGUGAACAUCGCUGGCGUCAAAUCAGGAACAUGGUUAUCUUCCGUAACGUGGUGGAUGGUGAGCCUUUCUCCAACUGGUGGGACAAUGGCAGCAAUCAAGUGGCUUUUGGCCGUGGUAACAAAGGCUUCAUCAUCUUCAAUAAUGAUGACUGGUCUUUGAAUGCAUCUCUGCAGACUGGUCUGCCUGCUGGCACUUACUGUGAUAUCAUUUCUGGGCAAAAGGAAGGUGACUUCUGUACAGCAGUUGAAAUUCAUGUUGCUGCUGAUGGUAUAGCUAAUUUCCUAAUUGGGAAUGAAGAAGAAGACCCAUUCAUUGCCAUUCAUGUUGAUGCUAAAUUAUAACCAAAUGUGUUGUGUAUGUGCUGUUCCUUCUCCUCUGUGUCUUUGUUAACAGCAAACAUAUAUGCAGAAUGUCCUGGCUCUCAGGACUGCAUGAACCAAGACAGAGCAAAGCAUGUUGGCUGUAAUACUAAUGAAAUGGUGAGCAGCUGCUGUACAGAGAUAGGAGCUGGUGGUGCCAGUGCAGAUCUGGGAGUGGACUAUACAUCUGUGUGCAUUUGUAAGUGUACUUUAUUCAGUUAUGGUACUAAUAAAAAAAUGGAAGGAGAAGAUUGACAUUAUUAAAUUUAAAAUCGUGAUGCUCUGUGCAAAAGUGGAAUCGCAGUUCUCUUUAGGGCAAGCAGGAUUGCUAAAAUUGACAGGAUAUCCAAAAACCAAGAGAAGACCCCUUUGUGCUGAAACAUGGCACAAUUCAAGUGGAUUUUCUAGUCUUCGUAUUCUCUUAGCAUAUUGUUUUAUUGUUAGUAGACUCAAGUUUAUUCAUGGAGGAUUGUCGCCAAGACAUUGAUCUUACAAGUCAAUUCCAAAUGAAGACCUGAAAUAAUUUCAUGAAGAAAAGUCAAAGGUCUUUUUUUUUGAAGGAGGAAAUUGUAGGAAAUGCAAGAAAGGACUUGGAAAACAGCUCUAGCUUUCAAAUUCAGUUAUAUAUCAGGCAGCUAAAACUCAUCUUCACUAUCACUUGCAUCUAAUUUUGCAUUUUGUUCCUUGACUCUGGUGAAUCAUUGAUCACUUAAAAUGAGGUGAAACACCUUAUGCAAAGUUUCUGCAGGAGAGGCAAAUGCAACUGUGAUCACUUUCCAUCAGCUGCUCUGCACGACUGUGUGAAGGAAACCAGUAACAGUUCAUAGCAGGGACUGGGCAAUGACACCAGAGAAAGAUGAUGUAUGAGAACGUGUCCGUUCCUGGUUGCCAGUGGGAUUCACCUAGUGAAGACCCCAAGCCUCUUGUAUGAUAAAUCUGUUACUGAUUAAAUAUUGCUGUUGUA